AUGGCGUCAAAGAUGGCAGCCGACCAGUCGGAAGACGUCACGACCGCCAUUCGCCUGCAACCCGGGCCGGGACUCUUGGGAUGUUCCUCGCUGAUGGAAAGCACCACGCCCACUCGGGAGGCAGCACCAGACCCAGGAGUCCCCUUGGAGGCUAUCAUCAUGGGUGGGUGGGAAGAACCCGAAGAGGGUGACCGCGAAAACCCCUUGAACUGGUCGUCGAUGGUCAAGUGGGCGAAUAUUCUUACCAUCUCGGUCGUCAGUUUUCUGGUGCCCCUUGUCUCGUCAAUGCUGGCCCCAGCCGUCCAGGAGGUGAUGGACGACUUCGGCACAACGUCACCGUCCUUCGCGACGUUCUGUGUCUCCAUCUUCGUGCUGGGCUUCGCCUGCGGGACGUUGGUGCUGCCGUCCCUGAGCGAGCUGUACGGCCGCGUCGUCAUUUACAAUACCACCAACGUCCUCUUCUUGGGGUUUACCAUGCUUUGUGCUGUCUCGAGGAACGAGGCCAUAUUUUUGGUCUUCCGCUUUUUCUCGGGGUUUGCGGGCGUGGCCACCAUCACGAUCGGUUCGGGCACCAUCGUGGAUCUCAUGCCCAAGGAGAGGAGGGGCAAGGCCGUCUCGGUCUGGUCCGUGGGCACGAUUCUUGGCCCAAUGGUCGGCCCCAUCAUUGGAGGUUAUGUGACCGAGGUUUCUGGGUGGCGGUCGAUGUUUUGGGCCAUCUCGGUCGCGAUUGGGGUUGCCGCCAUUGCAUGCUUUCUCAUCCUCCGAGAAACAUAUCCUCCGGUCCUGUUGGCACGGAAGGCGGCACGGCUCAGUAGAGAAACUGGAAACCCAAAUUACAAAUCCAAGCUCUCCUCAAACGUCACUUCGAGGGUGCUCUUCGGGCAAAGCAUCAUGCGGCCGGCCAAGCUCCUCCUCCGCUGCCCAAUCGUCACGAUCAUGUGCACCUACGUCGCCACCCUCUACGGCACUCUGUACCUCCUCUUCGCUACAUAUUCAUUCGUCUUCAAGGAGGUCUACGGAUUCUCGACAUUUGCGGCCGGCCUCGUCUUCCUCCCCGGCGGAUUCGGGACGCUGUUGGGGGUUUUGUACAUGUCACAGUUCAGCGACAGAGGAGUGAAGCAGCGCAAGGCCGCGGGGCAGAUAGCCACACCCGAGGAUCGUCUGCCUUUCGUCGUCACAUUACCCGGAGCUCUAACAUUUCCUCUUGGCCUGUUCCUCUAUGGGUGGAGCGUGGAAGGACGCCUUCACUGGGCCAUCCCGCUCGCAGGGACGGCCGUCACCGGGUUUGGAUCCAUCUCGAUCUUCAUCGGCAUCCAGACGUACCUGAUCGACGCGUUCGAGGAGUAUGCUGCAAGUGUGGUUGGCGCGAAUGCCGUGCUCAGAGGCACUGCCGGGGCGUUACUACCCCUGAGCGGCUUGAGCUUGUACGAGACGCUGGGAUGGGGCUGGGGAAACAGCCUGCUGGCGUUUCUUGCACUCGCAUUUGCACCUGUGCCGCUGGUCUUUGGCAUGUAUGGCGCAAGGAUUUGCGGGUGGAAGUACUUUCGAACUGGACUAUGA